AACAUAUGUUGGGAGCCUUUGUACAUUGCUCACAAGAAAUUAGAAAGGAUUUGAUUUUGUGGACCACGAUUAUUUGAGAUAAACCGGCCCAACAAGGAUGGCCACAACCCCACUUUUCACCACACCACCGCCACCACCACCUUGUACCACCGCAGCACCGCCAUCAACACAUUCAAGUCAAGUAGACACCCUCGCCGUCUUAAUCGACAAAUCCAAAUCCAAAAACCGCCUUCUUCAAAUCCACGCAGCUCUCAUUCGCCGCGGCCUGGACGACCACACUAUCCUAAACUUCAAACUCCAACGUCGUUACGCUACCGUGGGCCACCUUCACUACUCCGUUACCCUCUUCAACCGCACCCGUAACCCAAAUGUGUUCACAUGGACGUCCAUUAUCCGUGCCCACACCCGAUCACAGCUCAACGACCAAGCACUUUCUUACUACUCCCAAAUGCUUACCCACCGUAUCCAACCCAACGCCUUCACCUUCUCCUCCCUUCUCAACGGCACCACCCUUCGACCCACCAAAGCCAUUCACUGCCACGUCAUCAAAUUCCGUUUGAGCUCCGACACAUACGUGGCGACUGGUCUUGUCGACGGUUACGCGCGAGGGGGUGAUGUUAUUUCCGCGGAGAAAAUGUUUGACGAAAUGCCUCAGAAGAGUUUGGUUUCUUUUACGGCAAUGCUUACGUGCUACGCGAGACAUGGGAAACUCCGUGACGCUCGGUUGUUGUUUGAUGAAAUGGGAGAAGAUAGAGAUGUGGUUGUUUGGAACGUGAUGAUUGAUGGGUAUGCUCAAAAUGGGUUUCCCAAUGAGUGUUUGUUGCUUUUUAGAAGAAUGCUUGUUGAAAAAGUUAGGCCUGAUGUGAUUACUUUGUUGGCUGUUCUUUCUUCUUGUGGUCAGCUUGGUGCUUUGGAGAGUGGUAGAUGGGUUCAUUCUUACAUUGAGAACGAGAAAAACGGUAUUGUUGCGGUUGAAGUUCGUGUGGGUACUGCUUUGGUUGAUAUGUACUGUAAAUGUGGGAGCUUGGAGGAUGCAAGAAAUGUUUUUGAUAAGAUUAAUGGUAAGGAUGUGGUGGCUUUUAACUCAAUGAUAAUGGGAUAUGCUGUUAAUGGGUUUAGUGAAGAAGCUUUGAAGUUGUUUCAUGAGAUGUGUGAUAUGGGAGUUAAACCUAGUCAUAUUACUUUUAUUGCACUUUUAACUGCUUGUGGACAUUCUGGUUUGGUUACCAAAGGAUGGGAGAUUUUCAAUUUGAUGAAGAAUGAGUAUGAGAUGGAACCAAGGGUUGAGCAUUUUGGAUGUAUGGUUAAUCUACUUGGUCGAGCGGGGCAUUUGCAAGAAGCUUAUGAUCUUGUGAGACGUAUGAGGAUCGAUCCUGAUCAUGUGCUUUGGGGAACUUUACUUUGGGCUUGUAGACUCCAUAACAAUAUUUCAUUGGGAGAGGAGAUAGCAGAGUUUCUUCUUAGCAGUGAGUUAGCUAGUUCUGGGACUUAUGUUCUUCUUUCCAACAUAUAUGCUGCUUCUGGCAACUGGGUUGGUGCAGCUAAGGUUAGAUCAUUGAUGAAACACACUGGCGUUGAAAAAGAACCUGGUUGUAGUAUAAUUGAAGUUAACAACAGGGUACAUGAGUUUAUUGCUGGUGAUUUGAGACACCCUAAGAGCAAAGAUAUAUACAUGAUGUUGGAGGAGAUGAAGAGUUGGCUCAAGGGCAAUGGUUAUGCUCCAAAGAUAGAUGUUGUUUUACAUGACAUAGAGGAAGAACAGAAGGAGCGAUCCUUGGGUGUUCAUAGUGAAAAACUUGCGUUGGCAUUUGGGCUUAUUAGUACCAGUCCAGGAACUACAAUUAAGAUUGUAAAGAACCUUCGUAUUUGUUUAGAUUGUCAUGCUGUGAUGAAGAUGAUAUCUAGGAUCACUGGGCGUCAAAUUGUAACGAGGGAUCGGAACCGGUUCCACCACUUUGACAAUGGUUCAUGUUCAUGUGGGGAUUAUUGGUGAACUUAACCCAUAAAAUGCUUUUUCUCAAGGGAGAAGCGCCCAAGUUGUUGCCGUUCCAGUUAACCAAGGGUUACUUAAAUUUGUUAUAUUUAACUAUAAAACUGUAUUUCUAUUGUAUAUUAUAAAACGGCAUUUAAAACUACACGGCAUUCUCAGAAAAUUUCUGCAUUUGAGACAGAUUACAAGGCAGAUAAUAUUUAUCAUGUCGGUCAUCUAGUUAAAUUCAUUCCAACUUGUCGGCAGAACUAUUCACGAGAUUAACGAUUUGUGAAUCAACAGAACGUGACUAGUUGGUCAUUUUCAUCUCGUUAAAUUCACUCCAAACUAUUCACGAGUUUAACGAUUUGUGAAUCAACAGAACAUGAUUAGAGACGGUGAAGGGUUUUAUUUUUACUGUCAGUCAAUAAAAGGCCUGUAGAAUAGGUCUCAAAUGUAAUGUUCAUUCUGUUUCCAUAAUUUUAGCUAGCUGAAUUGUUUCCUUAGUUUUAGGAGUAUUCUGUUCCAAUUCUGUUUUGUAAAGGCUAUUUAAAAGCCUAGUUUCUAAUGAAUAAAGCAUCGAAGUAUUUCCUUUGCA